AUGUCCUUCACCCGAAUCUCUCGGGCUGCUAUACCACGCUCCUUUCGCUCAUUCUCCACGACCCGGACGCGCUUCCAGACCGCGAUACCGUACACGCAAUCAUGUCCGUCACCGAGCUGCGAGUGCGCGGCAACGCCUCCCGAUCUAGACAUUGAUCGCAAGACACCACUGUUGAACACUAUGGCGGCCUACUCUGAACAGGUCAUAUUCUGUACCGGGAAGGAAGACUGGGUCAGCAACAUCGAGCAGGAGGAGGGCGAGACCGGGGAGUUUGUAAAGGGGCUCAAAGGUGUGAUUGGAAAAGGCGGUCCCGGGUUUGAUCCAUUCACGAACGUUCUCAUCACUGCUUCCUCUUUACCGAAAAGUGAAAAGGCAGGCGCGACAACGGCAUUGCUAUUCCCGAGUUUCAAACGCAUACCGGAUAUCCCGCAUACCCCCGAAGCCUUCUCCAACUUCGCGGCCGCGUACCUAAAGGCUCGCAAUCUCCAUGCCAUGCACGAUGGUCUCUCCGCUGAGCAAAAGUCUCAUCUCCUUCGUGACGAGUCGAAAGCGACCGAACUACCAAAGGCGGAAAGCAUCACCAAACCCACGAUCCUGAUAUGCGGCCACGGUGGCCGCGAUCAGCGCUGUGGUAUUCUCGGGCCCUUGUUACAAUCCUCAUUUCGAUCUGAGUUUCAGCGGAGAGGUAUAGAAGCAGAUGUAGGGCUGAUCAGUCAUAUUGGUGGGCACAAGUAUGCUGGCAAUGUCAUCAUGUACCUACCUCCCAGUAUGGAGGGUAAUGCAUUGAAGGGUUCGGGCAUCUGGUAUGGGCGCAUAGGGCCUGAGAAUGUUGAGGGUGUGGUUGAAGAGACGGUCGUUAGAGGACGCGUCAUAACAGAGCUGCUGAGAGGGGGUGUGAUGCAGGGUGGAGGGAAUAUUGGGAGACUGAUCGAGGCACAGUUGAGGAAGGAUAGUGGGGAAGAAGAUAGUGGGACGUUGAGAUUGAAGGCUAGGGCGAGAGGCUGA